ACACGGAGGGAGUAGUCUGCUAAAGUUACUAGAUACCCAACAUCUUGAUCUUCUAAAGUCAUCUCCUUCCCUCAGCACAGCGACACCGGCAAUUAAGACCGACGGGAUUCCUCGCCUCUCCAUCCUGAUCUCCAAUAUUUUUAAAGUAGGUGUGACAUUCUUGGAUAAUGCAUGGGCGACCUAGAAACCUUUCAAAGCCCGAAGAUGAAGCAGCUUCUGCUGCUAAAGCCUCUAAAUUACGUGCCCUUCAAUCUCAAUUUCUCAACUAUCAUCACAAUCGAAAUUUUGAUAAAGAAGCUGUAGAAAUCAGCGCUAAGCUGCUUGAGAUCAAUCCAGAAUUCUACACAGCCUGGAAUUAUCGAAAACUCGCUGUUGAAUAUUUUCUGAGUCAACCCGGUUCCGAUCCUGAGUUAAUUUUGAAUGAGGAACUCCAUGUUGUAGAGAGUGCGCUGAGACAAAAUUUUAAGUCAUAUGGAGCAUGGCAUCAUCGUAAAUGGGUUCUUAGCAAGGGUCAUUCAUCCGUAGACAAUGAAUUACGACUCUUAGAUAAGUUUCAGAAGGCUGAUGCUCGGAAUUUUCACGCAUGGAACUAUCGCAGAUUUGUGGCAGCGCUAAAGAAUAUUGCAGAUGAAGAUGAACUGGAGUAUACCACCAAUAUGAUUGAAACAAAUUUCAGCAAUUAUUCUGCUUGGCAUAACCGUAGUGUACUACUGUCAAAUUUACUUAAACGAAAAGCUGAGGGAUAUUUUCCUAAAGAGAAGAACUUAGCUGAGGAGUUUGACCUUGUGCACCAAGCAAUAUUCACUGAUUCCGAUGACCAAAGUGGCUGGUUUUAUCAUCUUUGGCUUCUUGAGCAAACAAUCACGAAGGAUACUCCUUGGUUGAAUUCAUCUUGGCCUGCUUCUGAUUCUGAGCUGAUUAUAUCAGCAAGCAAGUCAGCAUCUGGUUGUAUGGUUUUGUCAUCUGCAAGAUACUCCACUAACGGAGGAACAAUACCUGUGAUUCUAUAUUUUAACCAAUCUGUUAGAGGUUUGAACUCUUCUACUGUAGCUGUCAGGUCUGCCCUUGCAGAAAGUAAAGAUAUCAUUUGGAGGCCUCUUUCCGUAGACAAAUACGAGAGUGCCCAGGCCUGGGUUGCACUGCUUAAUUUUUCUGAUGUGCCGCUUGAUUAUUCCAUUGCUUAUCCAGUUGAAGUUCGCGUGGGAGACUCUUCUGAGAUCAUUUCUUUGAGUGGGAGCUCCUUAAGUCAUGUGUUUGAAUUUAAAUUUGUGGUCCGCUUUCAACAACUUGAUUCAGGAGAGGCUGAAGGGCAGAAUCUAGAGGGAAUUUUGUGGGAAGAUUCCAAUUUUAAAAAAUAUGAAAUGAACUCUUGGGAAUCAAAUCUUUUCUCAUUAUUUAACCAAUUGCAAAUUGACGCGGAUCAAGCAGGUGUUGAUUGUAAGUGGAAGGUAAAUAUGUUGGCCAAUGAGAUUGAGCUCUUCCGUGAACUCUCAGCUGCAGACUGCAAAAUAGGAAAGCUUACUCUUGCAAGGUUGUUGACAGCUCUAGAUACAAUUGUUUCAGAAAGCAGCACUUUAAAUUCUUCCCAGAUGGUGCAUACUGAAGAAGUUUUAGCUUUAUAUUGUGAUUUGAUGAAAAUGGACCCCCCUCACUCACAAUAUUAUAAAGAAGAGCAUAGUAUGGCAUUGCUACGACAGGUUACUUGUUGCAAGAACAGCUUGUCGAGAUAUUGUUGGCGCUAUGGGAAAAUAGCCAAAACAAAUAAUGAUAGCUUUAUAUGUGUGCGUUUAAAUAGUUUAUCGCUAUCAAGAAUUGGGUCCAUUGAAAAUCUUUUGUGGGUUCAAAUGCUAGAUCUAAGCCAAAACGAACUUGGAUCGCUUGAAGGGUUGGAAGCAAUGCAACUUCUUUCUUGUUUAAACCUGAGUAAUAACAAGAUCAAGAGUUUAACAGCUUUAGAUCCGUUGAGGCAUUUGAAGUUGCUUAAAGUGCUAGAUAUCUCGCACAAUGAGAUUGGGGAGCAUUCAAUUGACAGUACCAGGUACUUGUGUUCCUCUCCUUUGUCUCACACAGUAGCUAAUGAUUGGAAGUUGAGCCUAUCGUCAGGUGAUGUCGACCAACUGACAAAAUAUUGGGAGGCUUAUAUAAUCUUUAGAGAUUUAACUUUGACUCAGCUUGAGAUAACAGGGAAUGCCAUUGUUGAUGAAGAUUUUAGAUCGUUUUUGCGUAAAAUUUUGUCAACAUUGCAGUGGCUUGAUGGAACAAUUUUAUAGAUUUGUUCAAUUAAUAGCUUGUUAGUUACUAAAAUCGCAUGCAUAUGACGUAUGAGAUUUUUUUUUAUUUUAUUUUAUAACGUUUUGUUUACAAGGCAAGAAAUUAUAUACAGAUGGCAAAUUGAUAUGAUUACCUUCGUAUAGUUUAUUUACCCCCUUUUUUUUGGGUACUGAAUUUGGACAUCAUAAUUUGUCCCAAUUGGAUGAGUUAUUGUUAAUUUGUCCCAAUUGGAUGAGUUAUUGGACA